GCAUGCGCACUUGCGUUCGCUUACCUGCCCUGACGUGGGCUUCUCUCUAACCCCCCUGGUGAAAGAUGGCGUCCCGCGCGGGACCUCGAGCCGCUGGAACCGACGGCAACGACUUCCAGCAUCGGGAGCGCGUGGCAAAGCACUACCAAAUGAGUGUGUCCCUCAAGUCCGAGAUUAAGAAGUUGAUCUACAUGCAGAUAGCGCUGUGGCUUCUGGUGGCAGCACAGAUGUGCGUCGCUCACUUCAAGCUGCUGCCCCAUGACCAGGUGGCCAUGCCUUACCAGUGGGAGUACCCGUACCUGCUCAGCAUCAUCCCUUCGCUCUUCGGCCUCUUCUCCUUCCCGCGGAACAACAUCAGCUACCUGGUCAUCUCCAUGAUCAGCACGGGCCUUUUCUCAGUGGCGCCUCUCAUCUACGGCAGCAUGGAGAUGUUCCCCAUGGCGCAGCAGCUCUACCGCCACGGCAAGGCCUACCGCUUCAUCUUCGGCUUCUCCGCCGUCUCCGUCAUGUACUUGCUGGUUGUGGUAGCCGUGCAGGUUCACGGCUGGCAGCUGUAUUACAGCAAGAAGCUGCUGGACUCCUGGUUUACCAGCACACAGGAGAAAAAGAAGAAAUGAACAUGCGGCCAGGAGUUCACCUGCAUGCAGCGAUGUCUGGGGGCUCAGGGGUGGGGGCUCAGGGGGGCCCCUGCUCAAGCAGAGGAAGAUGGCGCUAUUUGGGAUUCUCGGCCCUCCCCACCAUGCCAAGCUGAUGGGAGAUGGCAAGGGCUCCGUUUGAGCAGGGUGAAAGGUGAGCCUCUGUGGGUGCCUUCUGACCCUCUGCUGGCAACCACAGGGACUAGGAGCUGCAGACUUGGCCCAACCCUCCUUUUGGGAGGGAUUUAUGGGAGAGGUGACUGGCGCCUUUCAGAAAGACCUUAACUAGGUUGCUCAGAUUGAGAGAUGCAGGGGGCUCCUGCUGAUUUGAAUGAACGCUGAAUCAUGACCAGGCAGACCGGCUCCAUCUUCUUGAAUCGGUUAGAUGUGAGUUGGGUAAGAGAACUACUCAUGGUGAGGCUUGGGGUCCCAUCAUGUUUCACCCAUCUCAAGAGUUCCCAAUCAAGCCCUUUUCAGAGAUCAUGCUAUGCGUACUUACCAUAUUUUUCCAUGUAUAACGACCCCUAUUUUUGGGGACUGCAUCAAAAAAAAUUGAGAGGGAAAGUGCCCAGAGUUCUUGCGCUUUUUGGGGGGAGGGGAGAGAUUGCCCAGAGUUGUUGAGCUUUUUGGGGGGGGGAACCACCGCAAAAUGCUCGACAGCCUACCCCACAAUGCAAAUCGCACACAUUGCCAUGGACACCAAUCGUCUACAUGCUCACUGCCCAAUCGACACAACCACAGCCUGCUGUCCCUUGCUCAUUUAGUCAUGUAGAAGAGUUUCCAUCUUUGCUCAUAACCCCUCUUGCCUUUUCCUGAAACUGCCUGGGUGCCCCAGAGACUGCUGCCGCCACCCCAUUCCCAGCUAAUGAGUUUCAGCACCCCCCCCACACACACACCCGUGUACUUGGGUACCAAAUAAAGUAAAUUAUUGCAGAACGUUGCACCUGGUUUUUGUUUUUAAUUAGCAGGGGGUGGGUGUGAUGGUGGCAGUUGGCUCGAGCUGCUAUAGGUAAAACCACCCUCAAUCAUGCCUCUGUCCUGUCUUCAGGAGGCACUCAGGGCCUUGCAGUGCCAGAUAACAGCGUGGUGUGCAGGAGUGCUAGAGUGCCCACCAGUUCCUCCAGUGUCCGUGAAAGGUCUCAGUAAAUAUCCCCUCAAAAAUCCACAGUGCACAUGAGAGGCUGUUCGCACCUUCUGCUCAGUUCCUGUUCACAUUGGAACAUGCCCCAUUAAGCUUGGGCACAUUUCGUUGGACAGCCACCUUCCUAUCCAUUUUGAACAGAGGAGAGAAACAAAGAGCUCUCUCUGAGCAAGCACAGCAGUGGCGUAGAUAUCAUUUUCCCCUACUGAUGUGAAUGCCCUUUGUGUGUCUAUGUUGGCUCUCUUUUUUCUGUUCUUUGAGAGGUGGCAGCCAUUUUGUGUUGCUCCAUUCCCCACAGCAGCCAUCUUGUGAUGGGUGCCCUUUCUCAAAAUUCCAUGGAUGCCCACUGGUCUAAGGAAUGCCACUGUCAAUAGGAAAGAAAGUGGAGGUUUGUGGGGUGAGGAUAUGAUCUGACAGGAAUCUCUUGCCUACACACAUAGAAAGCUUCCUUGAGGUGGUCACGCAAGUGCUGUAGACAUUUGCUCCCCUGUGCAAAAAGAGAAGCUGAAGAACAGAACAGGAUUGGUUCCGAAAACGACUCUUAAUACAGAUCUACACCAUACAUUUAAAUCCCGUCCAAUGCACAUUCAAAGCACAAGAGUUCCCACAAAGAAUUCUGGGUACCGUAGUUUGCUAAGAGGGCUGAGGAUUAUAGCUCUGUGAGGAGGAAUUUGAGGCAGAUCUCCCCAAUCUAAGUCUGAUACUCUAAUCAAGCUUGACAUGCUGAUUCUCUAAUAGCUACUUCUAAUUGCUCCCAUACCACAAUAUUAUUUUAUUCUGAUAUAUUUCAAGCAGUAGGAAAUCGGGACAAAAUUUCAUAAUACUCUGGACCUUAUGCUUGUUGAAUGGUGGUUAUUCUGAAUUUCUGGUUACAUGUGUCCUACUUUUUCAGAAAAAUGUGGUGCAGCCAACUCAUUCAGCUGCGGAAGGUCAAGAAACCUGAUAAAUUG